CAUGUGAUUCUGCUGGCGUGUCAACUGAACACCGUGGUCUUUUUGGAGACCUCAUAAAACAAAGCGACUUCAGGACAUCUGAUAUGAACAUCGAAGAAUCAAACAAAAACGAUCUGGUGUUGGUCCAUCUCCAGUUUCAAGGUUGGGGAAGGAAUAUCAAAGGAGCAGUUGCAAAGAAGCAUGCAUAUCUUGUCUGAGAUGAAAGAUUCUGUACCCAUGGUACACUGUGUGAAGAGAAAUGAGCGAAGGGGUGCAGGACAAAUUUCCACCCCCACAUCCCUCCAGUUUCAGCAGGGAGAAAUGAAAGGCAAUUCCCCCCAGGACUCAGAGGAGGGAACAUGCUUGGUCUGAACCUCCUGGCUCUUCCCAUGGCUGCCACGGUGGAUGAGGAGUGCAGGGGUGCCAGGGUCUGCUGAUCAGCUGACCCAUGUCUCCUAAAGGCCCAGUGCCGGGCAGGGCUGAGGAUACUGCAGUUCAGGUGGCGGUCCGAGUUCGGCCCCUGCUGCCCAAGGAGCUGCUGCACAGCCAUGAGAGCUGCAUUACCGCCGACCCGGAGGAGAGGAGGGUCACGCUGGGCCACGACCGCCAUUUCCACUGCGACUUCGUCUUCGAGGAGAGCAGCACCCAGGAGGAGGUCUACUCUGCGUGUGUCCAGCCACUCAUUGAGGCCUUUUUCCAGGGCUUCAACGCCACUGUCUUUGCAUAUGGGCAGACUGGCUCUGGCAAGACGUACACCAUCGGAGAGGCCAAUAUUUCCUCCUUCAGGGACGAUGAGCAGGGCGUCAUCCCGCGGGCUGUGGCCGAGGUGUUCAAGCUGCUGGACGAGGAGGACCUCAGCGACUUCUCCCUCAGGGUGUCCUACCUGGAGGUGUACAAGGAGGUCUUCCGGGACCUGCUGGAGGCCGAGACGGCCAGCAAGGACAUCCACAUCCGGGAGGACGACAAGGGCAACAUCGUGCUGUGCGGGGUGCAGGAGUGUGAGGUGGAGGGUCUGGACGAGGUGCUCAGCCUCCUGGAGUCUGGAAACACCGCCCGCCACACCGGGGCCACGCAGAUGAACCCCAGCUCCAGCCGCUCCCACACCAUCUUCACCCUGCUGAUGGAGCAGCGGCGCUCAGGCACAGGGGCCCGGGGCCCCCAUAUCCUCGCCUCCAAGUUCCACUUCGUUGACCUGGCGGGCUCCGAGCGCAUCCUCAAAACGGGCAACACCGGGGAGAGGCUGAAGGAGAGCAUCCAGAUCAACAGCGGCCUGCUGGCCCUCGGGAACGUGAUCGGGGCCCUGGGGGAUCCCAAGAGGAGGGGGUCCCACAUCCCCUACAGGGACUCCAAAAUCACCAGGAUUUUAAAAGAUUCCCUGGGAGGAAAUGCCAAAACCCUCAUGAUCGCCUGCAUCAGCCCCUCCUCCUCGGACUUUGACGAGAGCCUGAACACCCUGAACUACGCCAAGCGGGCGCGAAACAUCCAGAACCAGGCGGUGGUGAACUGCCGGGGCGAGCCGGACCGCACCGAGGGGCUGGAGAUGCAGAUCCGGGCCCUCCGCCGGGCCCUGGAGAACCGGCACCGCUCGGAGACGCGCAUCCUGGCCCGGCCCGACCCCGACAGGAAGCCCCGGCCGCAGGGCGGCGAGGUGGGGCGGCUGCAGGCGGAGAGCGCCCACUACAGGACGUGCACGGACGCGGCGUACCGCCUGCUGAUGGAGCUGCAGGGGGAGGGCCGGCUCAGCGCGGGGCAGGGCCUCCGGGUGAAGGAGUGGCUGAGCGCCGUGGAGGAGGAGCGCAGCGAGCUCACCUCCGCCUCCGGCCUCGACAGCGGCAUCGAGAGCACCUCCACCGAGGGCAGCUCCGCUCUGAGGAAAGGGGCCGCAGCCGCCCGGAGCCAGGCUCCAGAGCACGGGCCAGAGGACUGGGACCGCACGUCUCAGCUGCAGGCCCGGGUUCAGCAGCUGGAGAAAGAGAACACAGACUUCCUGGCCGCCCUGGAGGACGCCAUGGAACAGUACAAGCUGCAGAGUGACCGGCUCCAGGAGCAGCAGGACCUGAUUGCGGAGCUCCACAGUCUCAUCUCCCAGCCGGGGCCCAUGGAGCUGGUGCACGUGAAAGCAAGGCCUCACACAGCUCCCAUGGGCUCCACGCGGCUCGCUGCAGCUCACGCAGGCCACCUCGGCCCUCCCUCUAACGGAGACGCUGCUGGACGGACCCCUUUUCUGGAGACCCACUGUUUGGACAGGGGUCUAUGCCGGCCCCAGGGUCUGGAGGAAACCAGCCAGCUCGUUCAGGGUGAGCCCCCUCAUGACCCAGAGAUUCCGGGCAGGAGAGAGGAGCAAGAAGAGGAGGAGGAGGAGGAAGAGGGUGAAGACCUUCACAUCAAAUGGAACAGAGACAGACGGAAACAUGCGCACCUGUCCUGGCUGAGGAGGGAGGGCCUGUGUGGGGGGUCAGUGGGCAGAGUGAUGGGGAACGUGUCCCUGCUGCCGGAACCCAGCCAUCCGCCCUCUCUCAGCUACAGACGCACGUCCGACUGCAGUGGUGGGGGCAGUUCCGUGCGGGAGUCUCUGGGAGGGGGUCCGGGAGAGAUCCGGAUGGAGCGAGGCCUCCUCCAGGCCCAACAGAAGAUCCGAGAGCUGUCAAUCAACAUCCGCAUGAAGGAGGAGCUGAUCAAAGAGCUGGUGAAGACAGGGAAGGACGCCCAGGCCAUGAACAAGCAGUACAGCCGAAAGAUCUCUGAGCUGGAGGGGGAGGCGGAGCAGGCUCGGGCGGAGCUGGUGGAGGCGCAGAGGCAGCUGCAGGACCUGGAGGUGCAGGAGGCGCGGGACCCGGCCGAGCGCUCCAAAGCGCAGGAGUGCCGCAGGAAGAUCGCAGCGGCACAGAGCAAAGUGCAGGUGCUGAAGCAGAAGCAGCGGGACACUGCGCAGCUGGCCUCUCUGUCUGCGCAGAGCGAGAGGCGUGUGCUGGAGCUGGAGAGGAACGUGCAGAGCAUGCGGCAGCAGCAGGACCUGCUCCAGAGACGGCUGCGGCAGGAGAGCCAGCACAAGCGCCGUCUGGAGAGCGAGAUGCAGCGCGGCAAGCACCGCGUCAAGGAGCUGGAGAUGAAGAACGAGCAGCAGCAGAAGAUCCUCCGCAUAAAGACGGAGGAGAUCGCCGCGUUCCAGCGGAAGAGGCGGAGCGGGAGCAAUGGCUCGGUGGUCUCUCUGGAGGAGCAGCAGAAGAUCGAGGAGCAGAAGCGCUGGCUGGACGAGGAGAUGGAGAGGGUGUUGGGUCAGCGCCGUGGCCUGGAGGACCUGGAGGGGGAGCUGACCAAGAGGGAGGAGAUCCUGUUCAAGAAGGAGGCCCUCUUACAGGAGCGCGGUGACCUGGAGUCCAAGAGGCUCCGCUCCAGCCAGGCCCUGAACAAAGACCUGGCGGUGCUGUCGGGCCGCAUCGAGUCCCUGGAGCGGGAGCUGAGCGAGAGGAACGGCCAGCUGCGCAGCACCAGCGCCCAGGACUCGCAGCAGAUCCGCCAGGAGAUCUCCAACCUGCGGCAGGAGAAGGACCAGCUCCUCAAACAGCGCGCCGAGCUGGACGACAAGCUGCGGCAGGGCAGCCUGCUGUCCCCUGAGGAGGAGCGCACGCUGUUCCAGCUGGACGAGGCCAUCGAGGCUCUGGACGCCGCCAUCGAGUACAAGAACGAGGCCAUCACGCAGCGGCAGAGGCAGCUCCGCCAGUCCGCCAGCAUGCUGUCCCAGUGGGAGAUGAACCUGAUGGCCAAGCUCAGCUACCUGUCGGCCUCCGAAACCCGCGCCCUGCUCUGUAAAUACUUCGACAAGGUGGUGUCUCUGCGGGAGGAGGAGCGCAGGCUGCAGCUGGCCCUGGCGGAGAUGGAGAUGCGCUCGGAGGAGGAGCAGCGGAAGCUGGCCUGGCUGGAGGCGGCUCUGGAGAGACAGGGGCUGGACGCAGACCGCCGCCUCACCCUGCAGCAGAAGGAGCACGAGAGGAGCCUGCAGCUCCUGCUGAAGCAGUGUCGAGAACAAAUGGACGAGGGUCUGGCUGGCAGGCAGCGGCAGUACGAGGCCUGGAUCCACAACCUGGGCAAGGAGCUCAGUCACUGCAAGUGGGCCAAUCAGGAGCUGAGCAACAAGCUGCGGGACCUGUGCACUCAGGCCAGCCAGUCUGCGGAACAGAAGGCACUGAGCAGUGAGGGUAGAGGCACGGGGGGCGGGGGAGAGAGGCCCCAGGCCAGAGCGCCCGAGGAGGGCGCCAAGCACCCCGCAGAGCCAGAGAGAGCGGUGCGGUCCCGGGAGGAGAUGCGCGAGCUGGUGCACGCGCCCCUCCCGGCCUCCUGGAGGCGCUCCUCCCUCCCCAGCGAGGACCAGUGCGGCAUGGAGGAGCUGCGUCAGAGGGCCGCCUGUGAGCUCCUGCCCAGCCGCGUGCUGCAGCCGCACUGGGGCGGGCCCCUGCCCCUCGCCAAGCCGCGCAGGGAGCCCCGCAGAUCCAGCCUCAACACCGGGCCCCUGGCCCCCAACCCCGCCAUCAUCGACGUGCGCAAAAACCCGCUGUGAUUCAACAACCCUGUGUAGUCAUCUGCAGAAUGCACUCUAAAGGAGAUAACUACCAUAGUUUUUCAUUCUUCUCUGUAACCUCUGUGCAUAUAUAUUUCAUGUUUUAUGUGAUGUAAUUAAUUACAUUUUCUACUAAGUAGUCACACUUUUUACA